UCUCUUUCUGCAAACUACAUUUCCACCCAGGCUAGCGAGCGAAAAUAAUCCCUAAAAUUUCACAUAAACAAUUUUUUUUCGCUUUCGAUCUGCAGCUGUCUACCGUCUCGGAUCCCUAAUUUCAUAACUAUUCUGUCAGCUCGGAAUGUCAUCAGUUUCCAGCCAGCCGCAGUUCCGGUACACCCAAACUCCAUCCAAGGUUCUCCAUUUAAGGAAUCUACCAUGGGAAUGUACUGAAGAGGAAUUGGUUGAGCUGGGGAAGCCAUUUGGGAAGGUUGUCAACACAAAGUGUAAUGUUGGAGCAAAUAGGAACCAGGCUUUUAUUGAGUUUGCAGAACUAAAUCAAGCUAUCGCUAUGAUAUCAUAUUGUGCAUCAUCAUCUGAGCCGCCUCAGGUACGAGGGAAAACCGUCUACCUACAAUAUUCAAACAGGCAAGAAAUAGUGAACAACAAAACUACUGCAGAUGUUGCUGGAAAUGUACUCUUGGUAACAAUUGAGGGAGAUGAUGCACGUCUUGUUAGUAUUGAUGUCCUACACUUGCAGGAAAAUGCCAAGGAAAUAUCUUCGAUGGCAGCUUAUUGCAUUGGGAGAAAGAGCACAUGUGUGUUUGUCUUCUUUCUCCUUAAACCUCAAAUAGUUCCUUUUCCCUUUUCUUUUUUGGUUUUUUUUUGUGCUGGGUUCCAGGCUCUGGUGCAAUUUUCAGAUUCAGAGACUGCCUCUACUGCCAAAGAUGCUCUUGAUGGGAGAAGCAUUCCAAGGUAUUUGAUUCCAGAGCUCGGACCAUGUUCCCUUAGGAUAACAUAUUCUGCACAUACAGACUUGAGUGUAAAAUUUCAGAGCCACCGUAGUAGGGACUAUACCAAUCCUAUGCUCCCGGUUGCUUCAUCAGCGAUAGAUGCAAGUGGACAGUUUAGUGUAGGAGUUGAUGGGAAAAAAAUGGAGCCUGAGAGCAAUGUUCUACUUGCUUCCAUUGAAAACAUGCAAUAUGCAGUUACCUUGGAUGUUUUACAAACGGUCUUUUCAUCGUUUGGACCUGUCCUAAAAAUUGCCAUGUUUGAUAAAAAUGGCGGUCUUCAAGCAUUGAUUCAGUAUCCAGAUGUCCAGACUGCUGUUGUCGCAAAGGAGGCUUUAGAAGGACAUUGCAUAUAUGAUGGAGGAUACUGUAAGCUUCAUAUCUCAUAUUCUCGGCACACUGAUCUCAGUAUAAAGGUUAAUAAUGAUAGAAGCAGAGACUACACCAUCCCAAAUACUCCAGUUCUAAAUUCUCAACCCGCAAUUUUUGGAGGACAACCAUAUUCUGGAGGCCCAGGCUUUCCUACUUACAAUGGAACGCAAUAUGCUCCAGGUCCUGAUCCUCAUGCAGCACCGCCGCCUCAUUCAACAGGCUGGAACCCAGCGAUGCCUCAGCAAAUGCAUAAUUACCAUUAUGGAGCCCCCCCUUCAAUGGGUCCUGGGGCAGUACCGUCUCACUUGCAAAAUGGGCAACCACACUCAUCUCCGAUGCACCCUUAUCAUCAUCAAUAGCAAAGUUAUGAAAUCAUGGUGCAAAGUCAGAGAAGCUCCAGUCCCUGUUCACUGGCCAUGGGAACUGCUUCGUCGGUUAAUGCUACUGCUGUUUUGCACAUCCAUAUCGUCUUAAAUUGAGUUAUAAAAAGGCAGGAUUUUGGUAGCCAAGGUUGUGCCUCCCUCCUAAGUAUGGGCGGUGUUCCAUGAAAUGUUGACCUAUCUUCUUUUGAGUUUUAUCGUCGUUUGUGUUGUAAUUUCUAUUGCUGACAUCUUAGCUUAACUAAAUAUAAAUUUCAACGUGUGCAGUUUGCGGCUUCAA